CCAACUGGACCAACUCUACUCACUCACUGUGCAUUUUGCACUUGCCCAUAUCAGGUCUCCAGCUUACUCGAAUCUCAUCAAUGGCGACUCUGAGGUCAAUCGGAGGGAAAUGCAGAGCUCUAUUGGCGGCAGCAAAUUCCUCCACCACCGCGUCAACGGCCGCUACUGGUGCUGCAAAAAGAUCGAAGCGUCCUUUUUCCGCUGCUUCUAAUAACAAUACUAGAGGUAUUUUGGUCUCUCCCACCCUCAGCGACUUGGUAGGUUCUCCCAAUGCUUCUCGAAUUGAAGCUCUCAACAAGAUUUGGAACUACAUCAAGCUUCACAAUCUUCAGUUUCAGGGAAUAUCCACUUCAAGGAUUUUGCUUGCAGAUGCAACACCAAUCUCUUCCCCUCUGAUCCCAAUAUCAGCAACUAGUAGUGGGACCAAUGAGAGCCAGACUGAAAAUCAGGCUGUAAAACCAAAGCCUGAAAAGGUUCAGGCAAUUCUGAAAGGAAUAAAGCAGAGUCCUAAAAAGGUAAAUUUGGUUGCUGCGUUGAUCCGUGGAAUGCGUGUAGAAGAUGCAUUGUUACAGCUGCAAGUGACUGUGAAGCGGGCCUCAAAAACUGUCUACCAGGUGGUCCACUCUGCUCGUGCAAAUGCUGUUCAUAAUCAUGGAUUAGAUCCAGAUCGUCUCUUAGUUGCCGAAGCUUUUGUUGGCAAAGGAUUUUUUAAGAAAAGACUCAGCUAUCAUGCCAAAAUGAGACAUGGGAUUAUAAUGAAACCAGAGUGCAGGCUGACGGUGGUGGUAAGAGAAUUGACUUCAGACGAGGAAGCUGAAAUAGCGAGACUUAGAGUCCAUAAUUUCAAGAAGCUUUCAAAACGGGAACAUCGGCUGGUCCCUCAUAAGCUCAUUGAGAGUACUCCAGUUUGGGGGAGAAAGAACAAAACUAAUAGUCAGGCAUCAGCUGUCAUGGUUUGAAAUAGUUUAAUUUCUGCAAUUUCCUUCUGUUGUCACUGGAUCAUUGCCCAAUUUCGUUCUUAUCUAAGUUUUAGGGCGCAUACGAUGAAUAUCGUUGUGAUGUCAUCAUGUCAUUUUCCGUUUCUAUUAUGUUAUCUGUAUAUACAUUUUUCCCUAAAGAUUGGUGUUAAAAAUAGAUGACUUAUGAAACAACAAUGUUGGUUGAAUUGGAACCAACUUUAGUUAGAAAAA